AUGAAGGAGGGCAUUGUUCUGAUGAAAGUUGCAUGCAUGGAAAUUGUCAAGGGAGGCGUCUCGCUUGAUGGGGUUCGUCUCCGUCACCAUUGCGCACCUACUGCAGCCGUCAUCGAAAACCGAGUCGUUUUGAUUUCUGCCGUUUCUGCUGGAGAUGAAGUCAAUGUGGAUUUGAAUUGUUUGAGUUAUUUGCUCCCAGAGGCGGUUAGGUGCAAUUGCAGUGAAUUCAGCAGCCCACAUCUUAUUCGCGGAUUUAUGUGGUUGCCGGAGGAGAAGAAAUCAGCUUGUAUGACUUUCACUGAGCCUAGUGUGCGUGCCGCAGCUCUGAAAGAUGGUUGCAGCAUAGGAAGUGACUGCCGAUUCAUUAAAGUGUGCGAGGGUGGCACUGGCUUGGAGGCACACGCCACCGUGAGCAUACCCGCUGGCACGCGGUUUAUGACCGUUCAAGGCCUCUGCUUGCCGUUUCAGACUGCCAGCACAGUACAGCUGGCGGAGGGAAAGCAUCUGCUACUCAAUGGGGGGGCGCAGUUUGUUUCCCAUAGCUGUGAUCCAAAUACACGCAUUAGAGUGGAUGCGGUAAAUAACAAAAUCGAGUUUGAGGCCCUGCACGACAUUGAGGUUGGGGAACGUGUGACCUUCAACUACGUUGCCGUGGAAUGGGACCUGCACGCCCCAUUCCGCUGUCUCUGUCACAGUCCUAACUGUUUACAUGACAUUCGCGGAUUUAAGUACUUGUCUAGCGCACAGCGGUCGGCGCUUCGAGGGCAGCUGACGCCUGCUCUGCGUCAGCUGGCGGGUUCUCACGCCGUUGUGCGGCUACCACCCAACGUGGGGGCCAACGCCGCGGGGAGGUUGCAGGUGACAUGCGCCGUAAACCGCGGUACCGUGCUUUUGGAAGGCACAGACGUGGAUAUUCAGCCAACGCAGGUCUCCCUCGGGGGAGACGCUUACGUCAUCCGACACGAGGAAGAUGCCACAACCGUGUUUGUCGAAGGUCGCUUCAUCACCACGCGCACCAUGGAGGAAGGAGAAUUUCUGACCGUUGAUAUGAACUUGUUUGUGUACGACAUGGUGGCCCUUUUCCCACAUGCAUUUGUGGAGGGGUGCCGGGGCUUUCGUCACCUCCCAGACGCUACAAGGCAGAGCAAGUUAUACUUGUGUGAGCCGCCAGUGCGUGCGCAGGCCAUGCAGGAUGGCUGGAUUGUCAGAUCGUCGUCGUCGCUCAUCGAAGUUCGUCGAAACGGGGAAAUGGGGCAAACCGCAUAUGCAGCCAGAAAUAUUGCUGCUGGUGAACUGUUGUUUCACUGCACGGGGGUCGUUGUACCUUUUCCCACAAUGUACACCAUCUGCGUCGGCGAGAGCAAACAUCUUUUAUUUGGAGAUGCCGCCGAAUGCAUUGCUCACCACUGUGACCCGAAUUUACAAGUGGUGGUGCGUGAAGAAAGCGAAACUCUUGAUUUUGUGGCACUUCGAGCCAUAACAGUAGGAGAGAUGCUAAACUUUAAUUACUGCACCACAGAAUGGGUCAUGAAUUCCUCAUUUGUGUGUCUAUGUGGCUCAGUCCACUGCGCGGGCACUAUACGUGGCUUUGUCAACCUGAAGGAAGUAGACCGCCAGCGCCUCUGGCCAAUUACAAGUCCCGUGGUCAAGCGGUAUGUCAGCAGGGAGAGUUAG